AUGACGAACGACCAGACCACGCGAAUCCUCCCCGUCCAACGAUUGAACAUUAAAGGUCCCACGGACAAGCCUCUUCCGGAAUGGUGGGCGAGUGAGCGCCAGAGCAAGACCCCUGAGGCCACGGCCAUCGAAGAGGCAGCGGAACUUCUACGAACGAGUGAUAUCCCCGUUGCAUUCCCGACGGAGACGGUAUAUGGAUUGGGAGCUGAUGCUACACGGAGUGCAGCGGUGCAGGGAAUCUACAAGGCAAAGCAGAGGCCAUCGGAUAACCCGUUGAUCGUACAUGUGGAUUCCCUGGCGAUGCUGGAGCGUCUGCUCAAUCCCGGUAUGAGCGCGGCUGACACAACCGAUACACCACUCAAGUCAAUUCCCUUGAUCUACCACAAACUGCUCUCGCGAUUCUGGCCGGGACCACUUACGAUUAUUCUUCCGAAUCCGUCCGGGUCGUCGUUGGCUAAGGAGGUUACUUCAUAUCUGACUACGUUUGGUGUGCGCAUGCCUGCGUCGCCGUUGGCGCGUCUGUUGAUUCAUGCUGCGGAUAGGCCCUUGGCUGCGCCGUCGGCUAAUGCGUCUACCAAGCCGUCUCCAACGACGGCGCAGCAUGUUCACCAUGACCUUCAUGGUCGGAUUGAGGUCAUUCUGGACGGUGGCCCGUGUGCGGUCGGGGUGGAAAGUACGGUUGUUGAUGGACUAUCAGACCCUCCUGUCAUUCUACGCCCUGGUGGAAUUGGCAUUGACGAUCUGCGCCAGUGUGAAGGCUGGGAGAAUGUGCAGAUCGCAUACAACGAUGGCAGUCACGAGGUCAAGGAAGCCCCGCGGGCACCAGGAAUGAAAUACCGCCACUACUCCCCCAAGGCGCGGGUAGUCCUAUUCGAGCCCGAAUGCAGCGAAGAGAAGGUCGCAAAGCGCGUGCGCAAGGACAUGGAAGACAGCGCAGUGGGCUCGCACUCGGUCGGAAUCGUGCGCACCCGUCACUGGGCACCAGGACUAGGCCUGUACGAACCCGCGGAGAAAGAAAAGACUCUACAGCGCAUCCAAGAAGCACCUACCGGAAGCUUGGUCAGCUUCUCUGUCCCGCUCAAGGACCAUGUGAAGGACUGUUUUACGUCGAAGCCGGCAUACGAUUGCGCGCUGGGGACGGAUGUCGGGCUGAUUGCUCGGGGGCUGUUUGCGGCUCUGCGCGCGAUGGAUGAUGAAGAGGUAGACGUCAUAUAUGUCGAGGGACUGGUGGCUGAGCAUGGGGAUUUGCAUGCUGCUGUUAUGAAUCGGUUGAGGAAGGCUGCUGGUGCAGAGUUGAAGGUAUAG